AAAGUUAUGACGCGCCCAAUCGAAGCCGAAGAUUACUGGAAUGGACCAGGUUUGUAGAUUGUCAUGUAGUUGUACGAAUUUUGGAUAGAUUUGGGCAAGAUCCUCUCGAUUUGAUUGAAGUGAAACGUUUAAUUUCAUGAUGGAAAGAGAAUUGAAACAGAAACGGCAAGUUGAUGUUGAUUCUCCGGCGAUUUCUUCUUCCGGACAUCUUCGAGAUCGGAGAUCACAGCCUUCUCCGCCGGCUAGAUCAGCUGAAGAUUCUCCGCUGUCAACCAUGUCGCCUCUGUCAUCUCUCAGUCAUGGAUUUUCUCCAGAAAGGGAUGAAGUAGAGCCAGAGUCAGAAGCAGGAGUAGAAGCUUCGCAGGGAUCGCCUCCUUUAUAUCCGUUGCCGGAUUUGUCGGCAGUUAGGGUGACGUCGCCGGCGCCUGUGCCGACGGUGAACCGGUACGUCCGAGACGAGACUAUGUCAAUUAAGAAAACGGAUCACGGCGCCAAAGACGGAUACGUUGGAAGGCCAGUGGAGGAAGCUCAAACAGGCGGUGGCGGCCAAGGGAGGCGGUGGAGGCCAUCCGUGGGGAGCGUUAGGAGGACGGACAAAGAAGGUUCGAUGAAGAAGAUAGCGUUAGGGUUUAGGAUAUUCGAAUUGCUCUUCUGUUUGGUAUCGUUGUCUGUGAUGGCCACUGAUAAGCGCCAGGGAUGGGCUCUCGACUCAUUCUAUCGUUACAAGGAGUUCCGGUACUCCAUGGCAGUGAAUGUGGUCGGAUUUGCAUACGCUGUGCUACAAGGAUUUGAUCUGGCAUAUCAAUUGGCCACCGGAAAUCAUUACAACAGACGCCAUACUCUCCGGUACUACUUUGAUUUCGCCAUGGAUCAGAUGCUGACAUACCUUCUAAUAUCAUCGGGAUCAUCGGCCGCCACCAGAGUGGAUGACUGGAAGUCAAACUGGGGUGCAGACAAAUUCCCGGAGUUGGCUACUGCUUCUGUCGGUUUGGGUUUCGUGGCUUUCGUCGCCUUCGCCUUCAGCUCUGUCAUCUCAGGUUAUUUGCUUUACGCUUCAACAUCUUCUUGAUUCUCGAUUAUUACUCCUUAAAUUUUGUGAUAUAUGAUCUUUACAAGAGCUGUAAAAACCAUUGUAAGCAACAAUAUGUUCUUGUUUCAUGUACAUAGAUUUGUAUGAUGCCACUAAAUAGGCUUUUAUGGUGUUCUUGAGGUCGACCUCGAAUCCUAGACUAUGGAUUGUUAAAUGAAUAUUUAUAUAAGCGUGAUGCACACGGCACAUCUAUGGAUAGACGAUAGAAGUUUUAAGUCA